GAUGAAUCUCCCCCAUUGUGUCCACUGGUGUCAAGUCCAAAGCUGCAUUCAUAUUUCAGCUGGCUGAUAUUAGACAUGGUCUCCAAUAGUGGUCUCCAAACUGUGGACCACCAGAUGUUGCAAAAAUUACAACUCCCGGGCAUGCUGGAAGUUGUAGUUUUGCAACAGAAGGUGGUCCACAGUUUGGAGACCAUUGAUCUACCAGUUUGUAAAAACAACCUCAAGAGCUGAGCUUCUAUAAUGCAGUGUUUUUUGUUUAUCGGAUACUGUACAGACGGAAUACCGCUGCAAGCGUUGACACUGAACCAGCGGGGGAACGCAGAUUUCAGCUCUGAAGGCCUAUUGUGUGAUCACCAGUAAGAAGCCAAGAUGUUGGUCAUCCUAGCUGGAAUGUUUGUGGUCCAUAUCGCCGUCUGUAUCAUGCUCCUCGUGGCCACAAUUUCCAAUGUUUGGCUAAAAGACGGAUCGGGUGUAAAUUCACUGGGUAUAUGGAUGUUCUGCGAGGCCAACAAGUGCAUAAACGUACUUGACUACAUUGACUUUGCACAAUGGCCUUCUAUGAGGGCGGUGGAGUCUUUCAUGAUCCUGGCCAUCAUCUUCUGCUUUUUUUCACUUUUUUCAUUCAUUGGACAGCUCUUCACAUUGGGGAAAGGAUGCCGCUUUUACAUUACCGGAGCUUUCAUGUGGAUCUGCUGGAUCUGCAUCCUUUGUGGAAUUUCCAUCUUCACAUCCAGAUUCGGAUACGCUGCAAGAUGGUACCACGCAUACUGCUUCAUCUUAACAUGGAUCUGUUUCUGCCUCGCCUUUUUCCUCGCACUCCUCUUCAUGAUUCUGCGGAAGAAGUAAAUUGUGUUCUAGGUCUGUACCUACCCCAAAGCCUAUGAACCGUGAUUUCAACAGAAUCCCCCACCUUUCCAACAUGAGAACUGCUCCAUCAAAGAUGUCAUAGACCAGAGGGCGAAUACUGGGAGCCUAAGUCUAUUAAAGUCACACAAUAGUCACAUUGUUUUUAAUAUGUCUGUCCCCCAUUUAAACAAAAAAAAAUGGCAAUGGGGAACAGGGAAGCCAUCUAAAUCAAAAGCGACAUCACGAUGCCGCAAAUUUCUAGUUUCCUUAUUUUUUUUUUUUUUUUUUUUUAGUCUUGACUUAGAUCAAAACUGGAACAAAUUGGGAAUUAUGUGUGACCCGCUGACAAUAUAAAGUCUCUUAUUAAUUUUAUUUAUUUCUUGUUUAGAAAAAAAAGGUAUUUUAGGUGCAAAUUCUUUGUGUUAGGUUGUGUUUGGAGGACACCGUGUGGUGUAGACUGAGUACUGCAUGUUCACAAUACGAGGCCCUUCGAUCUGCCAAAUGAAUUGGUGACAAAAAUGGGGGUAGUUCCAUUGAGAGAAUUAACCAUUGUUUUUUUGUUUUACCUUUGUGAUGUUUUAUGUGUACAAGAAUAUUAUUAUGAUAAGUUAAACCAGAAAAAUAAUAAAAUGACAAGCUGUUGGGCACAAGGGGCCCUUGUCAGGCAAGUUUACAUUGGAUAAUCUAGUUGACCCCCCAAAGUUUGCAAAUAAGCUGUACCAAGGGGAAAGCCUGCCUAUCUAGUACCACCUAUUGGGUUGAGCAUUUGUUUUUCUCCUAAAAGCUAACUUUCUUCCUUCUAAACUGAUUUGUAUACGUUUUUCAGGUCAGAUGUGCACGCCAGUAAGAUGGUGGGGAAGAACACUACUUCUGUAAUAUUUAGCCGUGUUGAGUGUUGUUACUUUUUAAAGGAUAGACUGUAUUUGCACAAAAUUAAAAAAAAGAUGCCUAAUGUAAUAAAGGGUCACGUGAAAAUAAAGAGUAUCUCCAUGUUUAAAGAUUUGCUGCAAGAUGAUUAUUCAGAUAUUAAUAUAUUGUCAUAGAAAGGGUUAAUAUAUAGGGAUUCCUUAAGGGAUUAUGACAGGAAGUCUGAUGACGCUCAGAUGGCGAUGGGGAGGGGUGGAAGAAAAUUUACAUUUAAAAGAAAUAUUUAAAAAUCAAUGUUUAUUUUAAUCAAGCAAACUAGCGCGUCACGCUGCCUUAUUGCUGGGAUAAUAAAACACAUCCUCAACUUUGUGUUUAUCAUUGUGUAUCCCCUUGCUAUCAUAGGGGACCUGUCAUCACUUUCAUGCUGCCCGAAACAUGAGUUGUUAGGAGUGGUCCCCGGCAGCUUCUCCAGCCUUGAGAGAUCUCGCUUUGUUUCAGUAUAGGGUCAGGUCUAUCAAUCAAGACUGGCAGGAGGCAUCGGUCUGCCUAGAUGACUUGUGGUUCAGGCAGCAUGAAAGUGAUGACCAGUUCCUUUUAAAGUUGACCUGUCUACUCUCUUGACAUAGCUUUUGAAGAUACAUGUAUUCCUCGUGAUAUAAUUAAAAAGCAACUUUCCUUAGAAAUGUAUGAACAUAUUGACAAGUGGGUGUUGCCAUUCUUCUUGUUUAUGGGUAUGUUCUCCCUAGUUUGAGCCGGGGUCACAUAAUGUAUUGAAAGUGUACCGGUCACAAGUAAAAAAAAUGCUUCAGGCCUACUCUAACUGAUGCUGAUCCUGUCCGUGUAUUUAACUCCUGGUUUUCAUCAUUUUAUGGCUCCUAAUUCCCUUGUUUACGUUGCUCACAGUGCAUGCAGUUCACAGAGGAGGAGGGAGUGUUCUCUUGCUUGCCCUCACCUCUCAGAUGGGGACUUCCAUGCUUACUCCUCACAGCUUGCCCUGCCCACACUUCCUGUAUUGUGUCCCAGCCGAUACACAUAGGCAAUAGCUGCAGGAACAAGACAGUGUUCUUGAUAGUGGAGGUGCCCUAGUGGUAAAAAGUAUAGAGCAUUUUUUUAACCCCAAAAACCCAAUUAUUUUUAACCAACGCAUAUUAUUAAUACUGUAUACAUGUAAUAGUAUCUACAUUUUAUUUAAAGUUUUUUUUAAGUCCAUAGUUGGAGCCAAUUACAGAAAAAAAUGGUCGUAAUUUUGUUUUUGUUAUUUUUUGGAAGAAAAAAAAUGACAUCCAUUUUUUAGGUGCAUGAAUCUGGCCUAAUACUGAGAGCAAUGAUUGAACACACUGUAGGGGACAGACCCUAUUAACAGGAAUGGUUUCCCCCAGUUGUCAACUUAUAAUUUUUUUUUUCCAGGAGGAAUAACAGAGGGAUAGUAUAAAAGUAAAAAGUUCUAAGAAUCGGUUCUCCAGAAUUAUGACAUGGAAAAUACAAGUAUUUUUCUUUUAACAGCGGGUCGGGAAAGCAGACAGGUCAUCUCUAAAGUUUUGCAGUUGAAGCUAGUCUUAAGUCUGUUAGUUUAAACCAAUGUUUCCCAACCAGUGUGCCUUCAGCUGUUGCAAAACUACAACCUCCAGCAUGCUCGCACAGCCUUUGGCUGUGCGAGCAUGCUCGAGGUGGUUGUUUCAUAACAGCUGGAGGAACACCGGUUGGAAAACACUAGGUUGUAUAGUCUAAUAUAAAGAUUAUUUUCUCUCUCCUGUAAUCGCCAUUUCUUGCUCUAUACCUCUUGGGUAGACCCGACUUUUAUUUUAUUUUUUUCCUUUUCUAUUCUACAGCUGCUUUUGGCGUAUCUAACUCUUGCUUUUAUGUGGAAUGGAACAAACUUGUAGUUUUUGCACUAAUUGUAAAUAUUUUGAUACUAUAUUAAAAUGGAUUCAUAGACUGAAAUACAAUAUUAUUAAAUGUAAUGCGAUCCAUCUCUUUUGUUAUCCACUUACUAUUUAUUAACAUCCACAGUAACAAUGUUGGACUAUUUUUUUCUUUUCACAGUUGGGUCAUUUAUAAAAAAUAAAUAAAUAAAUAAAUAUGGAAUAAAAGU